AUGGACACCGACCGCGACAUCCCCAACAAGAUCCGCGACUCGUUCAACGACAGCCUCGCAAAGGGCUACAUCCACCUGUACCACACGGUCGACCACCACCUCGUCCAACACGAUCCAGUCGGGUUCCCCCAGCUCGGCAACAUCGUCCCCCAGCUGAGCGACAAGCCCCAAGUCCCGCCCAGCACGCCCGACCUCUCGACCCGCCGGCUCAAAGACCCGCUCCAAGGCCCGCACUACGGCCGCGGCGAGCACGUCCUCGACCUCGUGCACGAACCCUCGGGCGCCCAGUACGCCAUCGUGCACAACCUGCACGCCCUCGCGCCCGAGCACUGCCUCGUCGUUCCGUGCUUUGACCCCGACGGCGAGGGCCCACACGUGUUCCGGCCCCAGACGAGCGCCUUGACAGAGGCCGACUUGUGGACGGCGUGGAGGGUCGUCAAGGCGUAUGCCGACGAGGGGAGGGAGACGACGGCCUUCUUCAACGGUGGACCUCUUGCCGGAGCGUCGCAGCCCCACCUCCACAUCCAGUUCAUCCCCUUCCAGCACAACCGCGCUCCGGGGCCCGAGCACCUCGCGCGCUCGCUCGCGCCCGUCGUGUCGGCCAACAAGCCCGGCGCACAGCAGCCUGGGCCUGUCCCCGCAAGGCUGCCCGUGCC